GGAUCGAGUGAUUGAGCACGGAGAAUAUUCGGAGCUCGGCUCGUGGAAGAUCCGAGCCGUCAAUUCAGUCGUUCGAGGACUCAGUCUCGAUUGUGAUUGUGUGCCUUUUCCACCGAGACUCCAUUGAGGAUCACCGCCGGUUUCUUCGAGUUCCUCACCCACGUCAUCUGUGUCGUCGUCAACAAUGUCGGUCCUCUCUCGAUACAGGGAAUUCGUCGAGAAAAACCCGAUCGCUGCGAAGCAGGUCGAGGCAGUGAUCGAAAUUUUCACCUUCUGGCGAGUACAUGGAGGCUGGGAGAUCUUCAAUGAGGGCAUGCGAGCGUCGGCGAAGCUCGUGCAGCUUGCCCACGACAUCAUUCUCAGACGGCAUCAUGCGCUUCCGAUAAGCGCAGUGCAGGUAGUUUCGACCCUGAAGACCAUUCUCCAGGCCUUGGACUAUCUCCAGUGUUUCCUGGAGAAGAUCACUUUCUUUGCGAGCGGCGACGCGUACCGGUGGUCGAUGAUUGCUUUCAUUCAGACGGCGAAAACCGUGAUCCGUGCCGUCCUCCUGUUCCACUUCAAACAGGGAAUGUCAAUGAAAACUCCCGUACCGCCCUUGGAGCGCGGCCAAGACCUGGAAUACGCCUCCAAGUUGCGGUCUCUCCGCCACGAGAAGAGAGCUCAGGCGACCUUCACCUUGAAAUCGGGACGCGAGGUUCGGACGCUGGCCGCCACGCCCCCGCUGAAUAAACGGCGUUGGUGCGAAACGAAGAAAGUCGAUCCCAUGGAGCAGAUGGAAGAGAAGUUCUCAUUCGUGCCGACCGAACUCCAAGGACCGCAGCUCAUCGGCGAGGUUAUGUACCUUAUGACGCCAAUGGCGCACCUCUUCGCCAUGAAACUUUUCGGCACGAAGUCGUGGAAACCUUUCCUCAUCGCUCUGGGAAUGGACGCAUUGAGCAUACAGCAGAUGCAGCAGGGCACGAAACAGCUCCAGAAACCAGAGAAAAUCGAGCUCUCCAGAAGAGCACGGGGUCUGGCCGAGUACUUCCUGCGAGCUCCUUUGUACGAGACGCAUGUGAAAUCGAAACUCCAAUCAUUGAAACAGGGCAUUUUCGACAUGUUCCCAUUCAUCACUUUCCUCGACCAAUUCGUUGAAUACGAGCUCAAUGAAUUAGAAACAACCUACUUCAGGACGUGGGGGAGCCACUGAUAGUAUGAACGACGGGAGAUAUAUUUAUAAUAUUAUAUUAUUUAUAUAUAUUUUGACCUCUUUCCCUAGCCAACUUUGCCAAACGCUAUGUACAAUAAUUCUGAUGUGAUUGUGUACAGCUCAAAUUCUCAGUAUUUGACGCGGUUCUCCAGACAAUUAUUUGAAUGAUUCCAUUUUCAUGAGCCGUAUCCGUACCGGAUUGCUUAGGAUUUGAAGAUGGGCUCGAAACAAUUUCCUAUCUAUGUGACACUAUCGAAGAGUAUAGCUAGUUCUUUAGAGAGCGGGUGAUUCCGAGUAUUU